GGUGUGUUCAAAUGUUCGGCAGCGCAGCAUUACAAGAGCUACUGUAGCUAACUAACAACUAACUAGCCCGCUGAAUCCAGACUAAAGAAAGGCACAGAGACAGUGCAACUCAAACCACUUCCUGCUUUUGGAGUAACUAAAGCUAAUUCAUGUCCUGAUCUCCUCCACAAGCUAUGGUUGCUAACGUUAACAAACAACUCUCUUGUUACUGAAGCUGCUGGCUACCUAGCAUCCCGGAGACCACAGGGGAGCACAACGAGAAGACAUUUCUCUUCCAGAGCUACUGGAGCUAUGGUGGCUAACCAGGCAGAGGUCGUGUAAUACUGGAGGUAUGGUGGCUAACUAACUAGAGCUUGUGUAAUACUGAAGCUAUGGUGGCUAACUAACUAGAGCUAGUGUAAUACUGAAGGUAUGGUGGCUAACUGACUAGCCGUCGCACUCAAGAGAAACUCAAGGAGGUGAACCGGGAUCUAUUCAGCCGGGAUAUCGGAGUCUCCCUGCGGAAUGACGGUGCUACAAGAACCCGUCCAGGCUGCGGUGUGGCAGGCCCUGAACCACUAUGCUUACAUGGACGCGGUGUUCCUGGCUGAGCGGCUCUACGCUGAAGUGGGCUCGGAGGAGGCCCUGUAUCUGCUGGCCACCUGUUAUUUCCGCUCGGGGAAAGCGUACAAGGCCUACCGCCUGUUGAAGACUCACACCUGUUCUACACCGCAGUGCCGAUACCUGCUGGCCAAGUGCUGCGUGGACCUCAGCAAACUAGCAGAAGGAGAGCAGGUCCUCACAGGAGGCGUUUUAAAUAAACAGAAGAGUCAAGAUGACAUCAUCACAGAGUUCGGAGAUUCCGCCUCUUUCACCCUCUCAUUGCUGGGACACAUAUACUGUAAGACGGAUCGCGUCGCCAAAGGAUCUGAAUGUUUUCAAAAGAGUUUAAACCUCAACCCGUUCCUCUGGUCUCCAUUCCAGAGUCUCUGUCAUCUAGGGGAGAAGCUGGAUCCAGAUCAGGUCUUCAGGCUGUCCUCUCUGCACAUCCCUGUGGCCCCGCCUCCUCCAAUAAGCCCCGCCCAGAACCCCUCCCAUCGCCUAGACACCGCCCUGAUGGAGACGCCACAGGACACUCUGGAGUUGAACCGGUUGAAUCUUGAAUCAUCCAACGGGAAGUUGACCUCGGACUCCACGGUUUCGUACAUCGACUCCUCGCUCAUCUCCCCUGAUCCCUGCUCCUUAUUGGCUAAUUCCGUUUCAAUGGGAUCAACUGGUUCUCUAUUGGGCAAGCCGAACAAACCUAAGAGUGGGCGGAGCUUAUUGGGAGGACCGGCAGCCCUCAGUCCACUUACCCCCAGCUUUGGAAUCCUGGCCCUGGACCCGAGCCCCGGGGAUCCCGGGUACCUCCAGAACUACUCCGGUUCUCUGGACGCCCAGCAGACCGCGCCCAGCAAGAAGUCUGUGUCUAGGAUCGGUCCGUCCAAGUCGGUCUUCGGCCAGAGUGGAAACGGAAGAGAGGUUCUCCCAAUCCCCUUCAGCCAAUCACAGGGCUCCGCUCCGCACAGCAGCACCAGCCCCCAGGUUCUGAGUCCCACUCUGGUCGCUCCGCCAAACAUCCAACCCAGACGCUCCACACGACUGUUCACAAGUGCUAGCUCUACUGCCAAGGAGAACAGUAAGAAGCUCAAGAUGAAGUUUCCAACCAAGAUCCCCAACAGGAAGACGAAAUGUAAAGCGGCCAAGACGGCCAACAGCAACCUGAACGAGAGCCUGGACAUCCUGAAGCUGGACUCCUCCAUGAACGACAGCAAGGGCCUGUCCACACCCGGAUACCAGAGCAUCACCCUGCAGAGAGCUGCUACAGACAUGGUUCUGUACAUGCUGCGGGAGCUGGGCCGAGGCUACCAGGCCCUGUGCUGCUAUAACUGCCAGGAGGCGAUCAGCAUCCUGUCGUCGGUCCCCGCUCACCACUACAACACGGGCUGGGUGCUCACCCACAUCGGGAGGGCCUACUUCGAACUGGCCGAGUACACACAGGCGGAGCGUGUCUUCAGUGAGGUUCGUCGCAUCGAGGCGUAUCGGGUGGAGGGGAUGGAGAUCUACUCCACCACCCUGUGGCAUCUCCAGAAGGACGUAGCGCUGUCCGCCCUGUCCAAAGACCUGACCGACAUGGACCGUCUCUGUCCCCAGGCCUGGUGCGUAGCGGGGAACUGCUUCAGCCUCCAGCAGGAGCACGACAUCGCCAUCAAGUUCUUCCAGCGUGCCAUCCAGGUUGAUCCAGGAUUUGCCUACGCCUACACGCUGCUGGGUCACGAGUUUGCGCUGACUGAAGAGCUGGACCGCGCCCUCGCCUGCUUCAGGAACGCCAUCAGAGUCAACAACAGACACUACAAUGCCUGGUAUGGACUUGGGAUGAUUUACUACAAGCAGGAGAAGUUCAGUCUGGCUGAGAUCCACUUCAAGAAGGCCUUGAGCAUCAACCCCCAGAGCUCAGUGAUGCUCUGUCACAUCGGGGUGGUCCAGCAUGCGCUGAAGAAGUCGGACAGCGCCCUGGAGACGCUGAACAGAGCCAUCGGCAUCGACCCCAAAAACCCGCUCUGCAAGUUCCACCGCGCCUCUAUACUCUUCGCCAACGACAAGUACAAGGCGGCGUUACAGGAGCUGGAAGAAUUAAAGCAGAUCGUCCCUAAAGAGUCUCUGGUCUAUUUCCUCAUAGGCAAGGUCUAUAAGAAGUUGGGUCAGACCCAUCUGGCUCUGAUGAACUUCAGCUGGGCGAUGGACCUGGACCCCAAAGGAGCCAACAACCAGAUCAAAGAAGCCAUCGACAAGCGCUACCUACCAGAGGACGAGGAGCCCGUCACUGAAGACUUUUUAUACGACUCUGCAGACGUGGAAGAGAGCAGUAUGACGGAUGCAGACGACAGCCAAUUACACACGGCGGAGAGUGAUGAUGUCCUCUAGCCCCGCCCCCAAGCCCUCUAGCCCCGCCCACAAGCCCUCUCAACCACUGCAGUAGCUUAACUUCCUGUCUGUUGCCUGGAAACGGAUAAGUCAACAUUCUAACAGGAAGUAGCUGGGCCUACUGUAUGAUGUCAUCAGUCCUGAAUCAUUUGACCUGCGUUUGACCCCAACCUCUGAACUCCUCCUGCGAUGUGAUUGGCUGAACCAGAAGGACAGACUGCUGCUAUUCCUGUUUCAUCCUUUAGCUCCGCCUCUUUCUCUGCUGUCUGUCGACUUCUUUUAUAUUUUCUUUUUAUCAUUUAAAUAAAAACCAGUGAUGUGAUUCUCUUAUUGCUCAAAAGUAACUUUUAUCACUUUGUAUGUACAACUUUUACAUUUGAAAUAUACUCUUCCAAUACUAUGCUGUUACAUAUGUACACAUACGUCACAACAGUCUUAAGCAAAGGGAGAAGUCGAAAGAGCAUGAUAUCACCUCUUUAAACCCAGCAGCAGACGGCUUCUAACGGUGCGUAUCACAGACCGUGGAUGUACUUCCUCUCGCCUCGUUAUAGUAUAGGGGGAGUCAUUACCUGCAUGACCACCGGGUGGUGCUAUAACCAAAGAUAAAGGAUUUAAACACGGAACUACAUCGGGAAGAAAAUAUACGACCCUGGAGGUCCUGCGCAGCAUGUUGGGUGAGAUAUAAUGAUUUAAAUUAUAUAACCAUUCAAGGAUAUAUUAUGUUAUCGUUAGGGUUAUAUGGGUAGGUUGAUAUAAUUGUUUAAAUUAUAUAACCUUUUAAGGAUAUAUUAUGUUAUCAGGUCUCCAAUUAAGCUACUGUUUAACAACUAAAAGUGUAUUAGUUAUUGGUUUUUAGUAUGUUGUUGAACUUGUUAAUGCGGUAAGGUUCUUACAUUUUCUCCAUCCCCAGUCUCUCGACUCUCAGCCACACUAACCAUCCUUCCACUCAGUGGCGGUUGGUCUAUAGAGAAAUAUUCACUUGAAUAUAUCUGCCAACUAUUAUCAAUACGGAAUAAAUCAACAAAAAUACAUAGCGUUUAUCCUCGUUUAAUUGUGUGACAUGCUUGUCACUGCCAGCAACCAUUUAAAUGCAUCUGAACGUCAAUGUUUUGGGCUAGGUUUGUUAUUGGUCAUUCGAAAUAAAGCCCUCCUCCAAGUCAGGGGCGCUGGCCACGUUGAAGUCAAAUGUAAGCUCGCUAACUUUUUGCUUUCUGUCAAGCAGAGACAGCUUUUCAUUGGCGCAAGAAAAUUCGCACUCGGGUCGCACCAGUGUGCGCCCCAGGCCAAUGGUAUCGCUUUUCUUUUUUGUUUUCACCACUUGAUUGGAAAAUUCAGCGAAUCAAUCAAAUAGCCUACCUCCCUCAGCAGCAUUCGCGCAAAACAACUACAUGUAGAGAGGAGAUAGAUCGCUAACUAGCAUAGUGUUGUGAGCACUUUCCACCCUUUUCAGCGGAGGAAUUGGACUCCCCAAGCAAUGUUGUACUUAAAAGGAGCAAGUAAGUUACAUAUUAAUUUAGUCUUUUGGCCUGUAGCAUAUAAACAAAAUGAAGCACCUGUCCAUUAUUUCUAACUGCAUUUGAAGUAGACAUUGGGACUCACAAAAUGGACGCUAUAGGACAGUGAUCUUGAUUUGUCUCAAUAUCAGAAUAACAACAAUGGGUCAAAUAGCAAUGGCUGGUGGAAUGGCCAUAAAGUAUGGCCUAAGCUUGUCCAGGCCCUGCAAGUCAGGAUGAAGGCUAUGAUUCUGAAUGAAUAGUAGGUAAAUAGGUAAUACGGCCAUCCCCCAACAUGCACCAGAAUACAGGAAAUCAAAUCUAUUAAUUUAAAAAAAAUUAUGAAUGAAACGAGAUAUGAAACAGCAAACAGAUACUGGGAUACAAGUUUAUUAAGAUUAAAAGUUAUGGCAUGUCUCUCUUAAAUGAUUACUAGUACUGCAGUAUUACUACUGGUACUAUUGCUACUAGUAUUAUACUAGUAGUACCACUAGAAAUAGCACCAGUAGUACUACUGAAGCAGUUUUCUCUUUCCGUAGAACUA